AUGUCGAAUUUAAUUGCGUUGAAUACUGCAUUUUCUCAAGCGGGAGCCUAUUCGAGCAACUUCAAAAUUGACAACGUAACUGAAACCGAACAACAAUUACAAUCACUCAUCAACACAGCGAAAAGAAUGGAACAUUUUCUAACAUCUUCAAAAAUAUGGACAAUGGAAAAAUCAGAUGACGUCAAAGCCAAGAAAUUUGACCAAAAAUCAACUCAAACUACUGAUCAUACAAUCAGCAAACAAAAAGCGGAAAAGGUUGGAGUAGUUGAGAACAAGGCUGCUUCAGUAAUUACACCUCAGACUGACGAAGGUGCAGGUACUCUGCUGAGCAGCAAUGCAAAUGUAGCAGAGGACAAAUUUCCUUUGCCAUCUACGUCUGCAAUUGACGAUGCUACCGUACCAACCAACGAUACAAACCAAUCCCAGACGAUCGAAAUGAACCAACUGAAAAAUGUUGAAGUUGAUAAAGCAAUAACUAAAAAAAAUGCCUACGAUCCUUUCUAUGAUGAACCGAUAUGCAAAGUACGCCAACAAUACACACUGGCGAAGAAGAAUGAAGUCAAUGAAAAAAAAUAUUCUUCAGAUGGCAUCAUCAUGAAUCAUUUACCCAAAAAGGUAUUUUGUAACACUAAAUUCUUCUCUUAAUCCUGGUCAAAAUACAAAGCCUUACAGAUCAGAGGUUCUCAAACU